AUGCAACCUUCGAUCCGUGACGAAUUGGCCGUUCUCGCCAAAGGCAUUCCUCAAGAUUCUCUUCCACCAAAAUUAUCGUACUCGGAGAUGAGAGAUCCUUCGGUUCCGCACGCUCCCAUCAAGAAUAUUGAUAGAAUUCUUCCCAACAAGCAAGAUCAAAAACAAGCCGUUGCCAAUGCUCUUCGUUAUUUCCCCAAAAAGUUUCAUCAGGAAUUAGCAGAAGAAUUUAUCUAUGAAUUAAAGACUUUUGGACAUAUUUACAUGUACCGUUUUAGACCAAGAAAUUUUGAAAUGAAGGCUUACUCGGUGGAGGAUUAUCCUGCAAAAUGUAAACAUGCUGCGGCCAUCAUGGUGAUGAUUUGUAAUAAUUUAGAUCCUCGGGUUGCUCAAUUUCCUCACGAGUUGGUUACAUACGGAGGUAAUGGAUCAGUGCUUUCUAAUUGGGGACAGUUUUUGUUGUUGAUGAAGUAUUUGAGUGAAAUGACAGAAGAACAAACAUUGGUCAUGUAUUCGGGACAUCCACUGGGAUUAUUCCCUUCAUCUCCAAUGAAUCCAAGAGUGAUGAUUACCAAUGGUCUAGUCGUUCCUAAUUUUUCAAGUCGUGAUGAUUAUGAAAGACUUUAUGCCAUGGGAAAUACUAUUUAUGGACAAAUGACGGCUGGCUCCUACUGUUACAUUGGACCUCAAGGAAUUGUUCAUGGAACUACAUUAGUUGUGUUGAAUGCCGGUAGAAAAUACUUGUCACUCGAAGAUUUGAGCGGAAAAGUUUUUGUCACUUCUGGAUUGGGUGGAAUGAGUGGAGCUCAACCAAAAGCUGGAGUUAUUUGUGGAUGCAUCACAGUUGUUGCUGAGGUAAAUGCUGAUGCUCUCAACAAGCGAUUGAACCAAGGAUGGCUCAAAGAAUCAGUUGGUACUGAUCUCGACAAGUGUAUUCAAAGAAUUAAGGAAGCUCGUAAAAACAAGGAAGUGACCUCCAUUGGUUAUCUUGGAAAUAUUGUUGACUUAUGGGAAAGACUUGCAAAAGAAGAUGAAUUACUUGUCGAAUUAGGAAGUGAUCAGACCUCACUUCACAAUCCACAUGCUGGAGGAUACUAUCCUGUUGGAUAUUCCUACGAAGAAUCAAAUAAGAUUAUGAAAGAAGAUCCAGAAAAAUUCAAACAAUUAGUCAGUGAAAGUUUGCGAAGACAAGUCGCUGCUAUCAAUUCGCUAACCAACAGGGGAAUGCGAUUUUGGGAUUAUGGUAAUUGUUUCCUCUAUGAAGCCUCAAGAGCAGGAGCUGACAUUUUGAAAGACAAUGGAGAUUUCAAAUAUACAUCCUACGUUCAGGAUAUUAUGGGAGACAUUUUCUCACUUGGUUUUGGCCCAUUUAGAUGGGUUUGUUUGAGUGGAAACGAGAAGGACUUGGAAACAACAGAUCAAAUUGCAGCUCAAGUCAUUAAGAGUCUCAUGGAAAAAGCUCCAAUCAAACCUGCACAGCAAUACAAGGAUAAUUACAAAUGGAUUGUACAAGCUGGCGAAAACAAACUUGUGGUUGGAUCUCAAGCAAGAAUUCUCUACUCUGACAUUGAAGGCAGAAUGCAAAUUGCUCUCGAAUUUAAUAAGGCCAUCCGUGAAGGAAGAAUUUCUGGACCAAUUGCACUCAGUAGAGAUCAUCAUGACGUUUCUGGUGCUGACAGUCCUUUCAGAGAGACUAGCAAUAUUUAUGAUGGAUCUAACAUCACAGCCGAUAUGAGCACACAUACGUUUGCUGGAAAUGCUAUUCGUGGCGCUACAUGGUGUGCUCUUCACAAUGGAGGUGGAACAGGUUUUGGAUUGGCCUCUAAUUGUGGUUUUGGUCUCGUGUUGGACGGAACUGAAGAUGCAGAUGAGAGAGCCAAGAAUGUGUUGUUCUGGGACGUUUCGAAUGGAUUAGCGAGAAGAAGCUGGUCCGGCAACAAUAAUGCAUAUGAAACAAUUCAUAGAGCCAUGGAAGUGAAUCCAAAUUUAAAGGUUACAAUUCCAGAGUUUUGCGAUCUUGAUCAGCUCAAUUUGUAA